CCUAGAAUGACUUGGCACUGCUACCCUCCUCCUCGAAAUUUCUAGCCAGAGGACUCCUUGUAGCGAUCUAGAUUGUGAUAAUGAAGCUAUCGUGAGAAGGUCAUCAUAUAUAAGUACCAUGCCCACUGUUUCCUCAUUUCCGAUCCAAGACUUACUCUGUUGACUUUGCCGACGAUGAAGUUCUUUGCCAGUACGCUGCUCCUGGCAGUUCCAGUCUUUCUGGAACUAUCAGUCCAAGUCUCGGCGUUUUCAAUUUUCAGAAAUGAAGAGAAUGAUCCUGUUUUCAACGCCACAUUCCCCACAGCCAGGUAUGGCGCCGCAGCCGAGAAGCGUGCCACCAAUUCUCUACGAAUCUUGAGUCUUGGUGCCUCAAUUAUGAGCGGUGUUGGAUCAAGUACUGGAAAUGGUUGUCGAAAGUACCUCAGAGAUGCAUUCAGACAGCUUUCAUAUGAGGUUGACAUGGUUGGAGGAUUGCACAAUGGUAACAUGAAAGACUGGGUUGGUGAAAUAUACUCUGCUCAGUUACAUUCGGGAUAUUGAACAAUCUUAGGAGCAUGAAGCAGUCUCUGGUGAUGUUCUGACGCAGAUCCUUGCCAGAGUACCGAGAUCUGUAGGAUUCAAGCCCAAUGUCGUUAUUAUCAAUGGAGGAACCAACGACGGUAAUGGUGGUGUAGACAUUGGAAAUGUCGGCAAUCGGAUGAAUGACAUCCUGAACGCACUGUGGAAUGCCGAGGACAUGAGUAGCACGUGCAUAAUGCUAUCGACCCUGCUCCCAACCACUAACGGAAAUGGUGCUGGGAAUCGAGGAUCCAUCAAUCAGCAAUACCGAGAUCUCGUGACUCGUCGUGCUGGUGAGGGAAAGUGCAUAUAUCUGGCAGAUAUGGAUCCUGGUGGUCAAGUCUGGUUCAACUUCCAGACCGAUUACAUGGAAGGGGAGAGCCCAGCAGUGCAUCCCAAUGACAAGGGGCACAGAAUGAUGGCUGCAGUCUUCUACCAAUCAAUCAUGAAGGCACUCAGCGAUGGCAGAGUCGUGGCACCUGGUCCAUUUACUGUUGGUCCAAGCACUUGCGAUAAAUUUGCUGGCAGUGGCAGGGAUGCUGGUGGGUGGACCCAACGAGGUUCCGGGUAUGACGAUGGUCUCUACUUUCAUAGUUCUCAGGAAAAGGGUAUCCUCUGGAGUGCUACAAGUUCCUGGGACAGAGAUCAAUGGCGAUUUGCACGAUUAUUCAACAGGAAUUACGAUGACCUACUGGCUUGGAUCUCUAACAGUGCUACUGAGCAAGUCUAUGCCGUUUGGGCAAACUCAGGUGACGGAGCCGGGAAAUUCAACAAAGCCAGCGACAUGAAGCCCGACCUUCUCUGUGAAUCAGCGGGCCUCUACUUCGUCGACAUGAACGCCGAUGGACUUGACGACCUAGUUUGUGUUGACUCCGCCGGUAAUGCGUACCUCUCAAUUAAUCAAGGAGACGGCAACCGCGCAGCUGGCAAGUCUCCGACUUUCAAGCGAGUGAGUUCAAGUGCUUUGAUCAUGUCAAAUAAAGGACUUGGUCGGGCUCGCGUUCGCAUUGCUGAUAUCGACGGCGAUGGAAGAGGUGAUUAUUGUGUUACACAGGACAAUGGCGACAUUCUUGUGUGGAGAAAUGGCGGGAUAGGCCCGGCUCCUGGGUAUUGGCAGGCGCUGGGAAAGCGCUUUACUGGUAAAGGUAUGGGUGAUGUGAACGAUGUUCGUUUCGAGGAUAUCAACGGAGACGGUCGUGAUGACUGGAUGUGGGUCGACACAGCUGGCGUGACUACAACAUGGAUCAACAGCCGAAGCUGUCAGAAAGGUGUCGAAGGUGCAGGACUUAAUGUGGCUUGGAGACAAGCCUUUCUCACAGGCAAGACCUCGGGGCCGACACAUUUGGGAAUGGGUGCGUACCUGACGGACACCGAAACAAACCUGAGAGGCCGAAUCCAUUUCGCUCGUAUCUAUGGCGAGGUGACAAAAUUUGGCACGCUACCGAAGCAGGACUAUAUAUUCAUGGAACACAAGGCAGUCUCUACCACUUCGCAUCAGUUCCAAAUGCGAGUUUGGAAAAACAUUGGAGCCGGAGGCACGAAUCUCAAGGCUGAUGGAAAUAAAUUCUGCAAUAUGCUCGGUCACUCCAACGGAAUGAUGGAUUAUGUUUGGACAUAUUCCGGUGGCCAAAUGGAACUGUACGCCAAUCGUGGCAAGGGUAGUAUCAAAGACUCAGAUCCCGAUGGGUUCUGGCUUCCUUCGGGAGUAAUCUGGACCCCUCCAUCUCUCAUGGACCGCCGGGACCUGCAUCUAGCUGAUUGGGAUGGAGACGGAGACUGCGAUAUUAUUUACACCAAUCCUAAUGGCGGUGCUGUCCAGGUGUGGUUGAACAACUAUCCCACGACUAAGAACUGGAAUAGUUGGACUUAUCUUGCGAAUCCUGCUCCUGGUGUUGGCUGUGCAGAGAAGCGAGGAGUUGGCAUUGAGGAUUUGGCUGUCAGGAUCGCUGAUCUGACUGGGAAUCGCCGUGCUGAUUACCUCUGCAUUGGCCUGGAUAGCAGAGUUACUGGCUUCGUUCAGGGUGACAAUGGUGGCUUCACCAAUGUUGGCCAGAUCAAGGUUUCAAUUGACAAAGAUCGUGCAAACAUGCGUUUUGCCGAUGUGAAUGGCGAUGGGAAAGCGGAUCUACUGUGGAUCGAGAAAUUCUCCGGAGAUACAUUUGUUUGGUACAAUGGCGGCCGGGCAGACCCAGCUCAAACUUUGGGAUCCUCUUUCUCAUGGCGUCAACAAUCCGGCGUCGCCUAUGCUGGACUCGCUGCAGGCGGAUGCCUCUAUUAUCCCGAUCUCGAUGGCAACGGCCGUGCAGAUGAGCAUUACGUACUUGAAUCUUUCAACAACAAAGCCAUGACAUCCCUGAGUCCGGAUUGUGGGCUUGUGGAUGUGACUGGGGACGAUGCUUCUUUCGAUGGGUCCUUGCCAGCUGUUCCCACUGGGUCUUCGACAACGACUGCUGCCCCCAAUCCUCCGGGAGAAACAGCUGCUCCAGGCCCAACUUCUCUUCCAGAUUUCCCAUCACGUUAUCUCGCGGGAAAUCCAAAUUGUCCGAGAAAGCAAGACUUCAUGGCACCGCUAUUCACUGUUGGUAAUGCUGACGGUGGAGAGGAGUGGUGUAUGGGACACUGGACCAGGGGUGUCUUUCCGCUCCUGAUUGAAGCUCGAGCAACCACCAACGCUCUUGCGUAUAUCCGAAUCCAGUACUCGGACGGCUCUAUCGAAGCACAUGGCGAGGCUGUUCCAGAUCCUGACGAUAAACAUCGGUAUGGCACAAUUACCAUGGACGCACUUGUCAACACGUUCAGCCACUUCGUUCUGUCUGGUGAUGGCUGGGAUGGUGGAGUGGGUCGUCUUGAGGCAGGUAUCACAGGGAAGCCGGCAGACGACAUUGAUGCGGGAAAGUAUUAUGGCGACAGCUCACCGCCGGUACUUCGAUAUACGCGUGGUUUGGAUGGGAAGGGCAUAUUGCUUGGUUUCUACGGACGAUCCGGCGACCGCAUCGACAUGCUCCAGCCGUACUGGACAAAUUCCGGUCUCGAUAAAGUCGUUCUGACAGACGAGGUCUUCAACCCUAGCUUCGAGAGUUUGAACAAGAAGCCUUUCGAGGAGCGUGGCUUGCAGGCUGUUCAGGACACAUACGUCCUAUUCAACAACCGAAGCAGCGAGGACGUCACCAUGACAGCAGACAUCUGGCUCGACGUACAAACACAAACUUCCAUCAAUGUCGGGUCCGAGAACUCCUCUGAGUUUGGCUGGGCCAUCGGUGCAGCAUUGAAAGGCGAGAUUAAAUUUAACUCGGGUUUCCCCAAGAUAGCGGAGGGCAGCUUUGGCGCGGAGCUCAAAGGAGAGUGGGAGAAGAAAUAUGUGGAUACCGUGCUGGAGAGCAGAGAAGAUACCGAAACGAAGAAUGCUCGCGCACGGUAUACUCUAUCAACAAUUGUCAAGCCUGGGCAGAAAGUCAGAUGCGAUGCGACUGCGUUCCAGGGUAGGGUCAACAUUGGAUAUACCGCCAAAGCGACUGUUAUGUUUCUCGACGGGACUUCCUUCGAGUACCCCGCCAGAGGCACUUAUGUCAACGCGCAGUACUCAGCAGCCUAUGCCAAUUGCAACGAUAUCCCUGUCGAUACUUCCACUGAUUCCAGGACAAUUACCGAGAGUGGUACAUACUGCUACGGACGACGUAUUGGAGGGACCGGGCUGACAGAUGCACAACUCGAUCAGCUCUGUCCUUUUGGAUCUGCGUGAUUUUUGUGAGCGAUUCGAUGAUGUAAAAUACCGCUAUUUUUGGGGAAGAGAAUAGAGCUGACAGGUAUUUGACCUUCCGGUCUUUUCAUUUUGUUUUCCAUGUCCGUACAUUUGUAUAUAAUUUACCAUUCUCCGAGUAAGUACAUUUCUUGCCAUUAAAUUGCGGCUCUUUAGUAGUGAGAUUGAUAUGCCAAGAAUUGAGCCUGAACUGGC